UUUCAGUGAAUAAAUCUGCCUCAGCCCUCCCCAGAAAUAAUGCAUGAAUAUGGAUGGGCUGUUGUGCCUGGGUCUAUUCAGUGCAUUGGACUACCUCCAACGUUGGCAUAAAAUCACCAACGGCAGAGGAGACUACACCGUCCGAUCCAGAGGAUAAUGAUGGGGAGCAAUGACUCAAAAGGUCUCCUGAUUACCGAGAAGGGUCUGUUGGGUAUGUCUGCAGCGAGGAACAUGUUGCGCUCAUCCUAAAUGCUCUCGUGCCCUGCGUCUCUAUUGACUGGCCAAUAUGUUGAGUCGACUGAUGAGUGGCAGCGGUAGUCUUGACAGGGAAUUCAACUGUACGGUGCGACUGCUGGACGACUCGGAAUACGCUUGCACGGUUCAGAGGGAUGCAAAGGGUCAGUGGCUCUUCGAGCAGGUCUGUCAGCAUCUAAACUUGCUGGAGAAAGAUUACUUUGGCAUCAGAUUUGUGGAUCCAGACAAGCAACGGCAUUGGCUGGAGUUUAGCAAACCAAUAACCAAACAAAUGAAAUCUCUGCCACCAUACACCAUGUGUCUGCGUGUGAAGUUUUAUCCUCCAGACCCUGCGGCUCUGAAAGAAGAAAUCACAAGAUACCUGGUCUUCCUACAGAUUAAAAGAGAUUUGUAUCAUGGCCGACUUCUGUGCAAGAGCUCAGAUGCUGCUACGCUGGCUGCAUUUAUUCUCCAGGCUGAGAUUGGAGACUAUGACCCAGGGAAGCAUCCAGAAGGUUACAGCUCUAAGUUUCAGUUUUUCCCCAAGCAUUCGGAGCGCCUGGAGCGCCGCAUUGCUGAAAUCCACAAAACUGAACUGAUAGGUCAAAGCCCCGAAACGUCCGAGCUGAAUUUUUUAAGGAAAGCUCAGACUCUAGAAACAUAUGGGGUGGAUCCACACCCCUGCAAGGAUGUGUCUGGAAAUCCAGCCUUUUUGGCCUUUACUCCGUUUGGCUUUGUAGUACUGCAGGGUAACAGGAGGAUUCAUUUCCUAAAAUGGCACGAGGUGACCAAACUCAAGUUUGAAGGAAAGACAUUUCAUAUAUAUGCAACUCACCAAGAGGAUCAGAAGAUAAUCUUGACUUACUUUGCUCCAACACACGAGGCCUGCAAGCAUCUGUGGAAGUGUGGUGUAGAAAACCAGGCUUUCUAUCAGUUUGAGAAAUCAAGUCAAGUUCGCACUGUGUCUAGUAGUAAUCUAUUCUUUAAGGGUAGCCGUUUUAGAUAUAGUGGGAAAGUGGCGAAGGAGGUGAUGGAGCAAAGCGCAAAAAUCAGAAGAGAGCCUCCAGAGAUCCACAGGGCUGGGAUGGUCCCGAGCAGGAGUUGUCCCUCUAUCACACAUGGUCCACGACAGAGUAGCAUUCCUCAAGCGCGUAGGAGAGCAGUCCAUAUUUCCAUCAUGGAGGGUUUGGAGUCCCUGCGUGACAGUGGCCAUUCCACACCAGUACGAUCCAGUGGCAGUUCAUUUCUCCAGUCCCAUGGCAGUGGAGCAGAGGGAGGGUAUGGAACAGCAGAGUUUUCCGAGGACUCUUACAGUCCCUCUGACAGCAUGCUUUCCACACCGGUGUCCAAUGACCACUCUUCGGACCAGGCUCAGGUUCGCCACACCAAUGGCCCCCAUAACAUCCAAGAGGACCGUGGAACAGAACUGAGCGCUUCAGACCAGCCAAGGCCACUUGGCGCAAAGGCGAAAGGUUCAUGUCCUGGGAAGACACGGUCAACCCAGCGCAGCCCAGAGGAAGAGCGGGUAAAUGAGUUUAUCUGCAGCUUGGCGCGUCUUUUCUUAGUGACCGUGGUUCUGCUGUUUGCCCUCCUCCUUCUUCUUAUCGUCCUUACAGAGUCUGAGUUGGACUUGGCUUUUCUUAGGGACAUCCGGAGGACUCCCGAAUUUCAGCAGUUCCACUAUGAAUACUUCUGUCCCCUUAGGCGCUGGUUGGCUUGCAAGUUGCGCUGGAUGGGUGGACAUCUCAUUAAUAAAUGAAUUUUGUUUCUUGAGUAGCCACGCCUCUGCAUCUUCUGAGAGGCAUCAUGGAGUCCAUUGGUAGUAGUAAAACAGCGGGACGUAAUAAGUAUUUAUGUCAUGGUAUUUUCAAAUCUACAUCGCCAAACACCUAUCAACGUAGCCAAAGCUGUGGACUCCCUAAUAUCAUGGCAAGAGGACACCUGUGUGUGUUUCAGCUGUAGUUAUUGUGAAAUUGUUCGGUUUUUCGACAGCACGAUUUUGUGGUUGGGUAAAAAUAUGGUACAUGUAGCUCUAUAAAUGCUGCCGUCACUCAUAAAUUUUUUAUAUUUUAAUAUAUACACUUACUGCAAAGGUUGGUCCCCUAGACUGUGAUGAAUGAGACCUAAUACUGCAAUCAUAGAUGCCUUCAUUGAUCAGACUUGUUCAAUAUAGACUGAAAUUGUCGAUGGAAGUUGAAAAGUAAAGCUUUUAGAUGAGGUCAUUUGUAAGUAUGAAACGUUGGUACUGGUGUGAAGUUGAUCCAUACCACAGUGUAAACAAAAAUGGUAUGGAUCAAAGCCAUAGGGUUAUCUGGUGUGCUGAUGAAGAUCAAUGUGUGUACAUAAAACACUGAGGGAUGGGUCAUCAUACAUUUAAGACAUUUUUCACCAGACAGGAUUUAAAAAAAAUCAACCCAGAUUAAUAACGUUUUAUAAUGUAUAUUUCUGUCACAAACAAAAUAGCACUGAUAGCCUGUGCAAAUGGUGCCCUUGAGAAUGUCUGGUUCUGAGAAUGAUAUAGAAAGUGUAUGGGAUGGUAUGUGAAAGGUUUGGAAAGUCUGAACGUUUAUCUUAUUAUCCAUAAUCAGAUUUUUAUGUCAUUAUUUUUCAACCAUGCUUUAAUAAUUUUAGAGACUUCACUUUCCACUAAAACAUUUAAAAACAACUGAAAAAAUACAAAAGUAAAAUCUGAAAUUGUUGAAUCUUUUAAUUAAAGACACAAUACACACAAUUUAAUGGUUAACUUAGGACGUAAAGGUCAUCUUUGAAGUAACUACUGUAUAUACACUUAAAUGACAUUCAAUAAAAUGUCAUUGUAAAUUUUAACUCAUCAUCAGCCUCAAAUUGUCAAACUUAUAGCAGCUGCUGAUGCAAAUAAUAAUUGUUGGGUUCAUAAAGCUUAAAUCAGAAGGUGUGUAAAAUGACACUUUAUACUGUUGUGUGUAGCAUGGUUUUGUUUAGAAAAUAUAGCCUAUAGUUUAACUAGAACAAUAUGCAACAGUACCAGUGAUGGCACAUGAAAACCUCUGGAACUGAAAUUAUGAUGCGUUUUAAUGAUAAGAAAGAAUACACAUGAAGCAAUACAUAUGACGUUGACAAGCCAGCAGAACAUUUUAUUGCUAACGUGAAGAUGGCUGAGAAUUAAAAAGCAAUC